AUGUAAACAAAGCCUAAUGAUUUCAGAGUAAAAACAUCAAGACAAAUAACAAAACGUCCUUUUUAAUAGACAUCCUUAUAAGGAGUUCAAGUUGCUUCAUAAUCAAGUAGUUUUUACUAUGGAUAUUAGCAUUGAAAAAGAAACUAUCUCCAAUUAGAUUAAAUAAGUAUAAUGUAUUUAUGGAUUGUUUAAAUGAUUUGACAUAAUAAAAGUUUGAGAAAUGCUAAUCCAGAAUAUUAUUUUAAUAAAUUGAAGAAAAAGUUAAGAAAAAUCAAUUAUUAUGCAUUUUAUUCAUCUAAAAUGUGAGUGUAUAUAACAAAUAUGAUUUACCAAAUAACAAAGUAUAUUUAUGUGUAAUUCAGAUUCCACCAAAAUUUUCAUGGGAAGCUAUAUAUAGAGGGAAGACAUUAAUAUUGACAACUCCAUAUUAAUAUACAAAAACAUGUCAUGGAAUUGUAGAUUUUAUGUUUAAAUCCAAUGCCAAAUAUCCAUUAAAAUUAAAAUUAUUAAAAGUAAAGAAUUAUGAAGAACAAUAUAUUGGGGAAAUAGAUUUGUCAGUUUCAGAUUUUGUAGAUUUUGAAGUUGUAUAAGAAUAUUAAGGAAAAAUGAUAAAAGAAACAUUUGUAUAAAAAGAAAUGUUUAAAAUAUAUAAUGAUUAAUCAGCAUCAAUAGGAUAGGUGAGUUUGAAAAUAAUACAAUUUUGUUCAUCCAGCGUUCCUUCAAGUACUAAAUUAAAUUAAUUGCAGAUAAAUCAUCUAAUAUUCCAGGAUCACCAAAGACUUUGGAAUAAAGGAAGAAACAUUAACAAAUAGAAGAAGCUAAACAAAAAGGAUUUGACUGGGGAAGUAGCAAAGAUGAAGAGAUAAUAAUAUAAUUAAUACUAGAAUGUCAAAAGGAAAUGACAUCAAAAGUUAAACAAAAUAUUGAAGAAGUUUAAGAAAGAAUCAAAUGUAAUUAUUGGUAAUAAUGAAUAAUAGAAAUGGAAAACACUUUAAGUGGAUUUUUGAAAGAGAGUACUUAUGCUACAGAUAUAAUGAUAAGAAGAGAAUCUUUAAGUAGGAUGAAGAGAUUAAGAUAAGAAUUAGAUAAUUAAAUCUCUUGUCUAUUGAAGUUAUCAGAUUCUGCUUAUUUGGAAAUACUUGGUUAAUUAAGAUAAACUACAAAAUAGGGAAGAAUUAAGAAAUCAGAUAUAGAAUCAGCAAUAUUUCAUUUUGGUUGUGUAGCAGCAAAACUUUUAUUAUUGACAGUAGAUGAAUUUGGAAUGUGUUUAGUUGAUUAUAUGUUUGAUUCUGACUCAUUACCAGAAAUACUAUAUUUCUUUAAUUAAUUAGAUUUAAAUGAAGAUGUACAAUUAGAAAUGUUUGCUUAAUCUUUAUUUGAGAAUAUUAAAUAACGUUUAAGAAAAAAUCAUUAUUUAAAAGCUUUAGCUUAUUUUAUUAAUGCUUUGAAUAUGUAUCCAAAUAUUGGGUUGAUCAUUGCUUAAUAUGCUAUUAAUCCUGAAAAUUCAUAAAUUUUAGCACCUUUUCUUUUAGAAUUUAAUAUUUAAGAUUAUUAACAUGUGAUAGUAUUAUCAAAAUUAAGAAAAUUAUGCAAAAAAUUCUUAAAUCCAGAAUUACCAUUUAUGAAAUCUAUGGAAGAAUAAUAUAGAAAAGCAAAAUAAGAAACAUAUUUCAAAAUUCCUAUUCUACCUAAAAAAGUAGAAACCUAAGAAAAAUUUGAUUUAUUAUAAUUACCAGAAUUAUAAUAGAAUAUCUUUCAUGAAAUUGUAAGGAGAAAGAGAUGGAAUUUAUUUACAAGAUCUUGGAAAUCAUUUGAAUAAUUUGUUUAUUAAUUAGAUCAUUAAGGAAUUUCACCUAUGAUGAUGUUUUUAGAAAAUGCUCCAUUAGAUUAGAUUCUUAAUUUAGAUACUCUUUAAAAUUAAACUUCAUUUAGUGGGUAAACUUCUUUACACUUUUUAAUAAUGAAUCCAGAUCUAUCUGUUAAUUCAUUAUAAGCUUGUAUUAAUAAAUUUAAUAUGUUAAAUGAUAAGGUUUGGCUUGGAUUUACACCUUUAGCCUUAUUUUUAGAUAGAUUAUUAUAUAAAUAGAAAAAACAUAAAAGUAGAAUUAUUAAAGAGUUAAAAGCUGCUUAAGAAACUAAUAAUAAUAAAGGUAUUCAAGUAUUAGAAAUCUUAAGUUAAUCAAUAAUUAAUUUUAUUAAACAUUUCAAUUUCAGUAAAUAUUUAUUGUAUUGUUAAAAUAUUAAAAAAGAGAAUUUCAUUGAAGAUUUCAAAAAAUUGAAAUUAAACAAACCAUUUUAAAUUCAAUUAUAAAAAAAUAAAUAAAUAAUCGAAUGGGAUAAUUUAUAUUAUUAACAUACAGUUCCAGCUAUGAUUCUAUGUAAAUUAGAUGAAUCAAUAUAAGAAUUAAUAUGGUAAUAAUUUGAUUGGAUAAAUUGGUUAUGUAGUAAAUAGAAUUAUCCUUAUGAAACAUAUUGUAAUUAAACAUUAAUGGUUUCAAUAGCCAAAACUACUUAAACUCAAUAUAUUUAUUAAUAUCUUAAUAAAGAUGUCUAAAUUACAUAUAAAGAUAAUGAUAAUUUUAAUGGUGAUAAAAAUAACAAUUUUGAUUUCUUACCUAUAUUCUAAUCUAUUUAUUAAAUAGCUGAAAUAACAACUAAAUUAAAAGAUGAUAUAUAAAAGAAAUAUAAGGGAAUAUAAGAUAUAAAUAAAAAAAAGGAAGAUGAAGAUGAUAGUCCAAAGAAAAAAAUAAAAUAAAUGUAUCAAAACCUUGUCUAAUAAAAAUACUAAUAGGUAUUGGAUCAAUUAAUAUAAGAAUAAUAAUCUACAGAGGGAAUGUUAUAAAAUAAUUUUAAAUAUUAAGGAGUUGUAAAUGAUUUAAUGAUUGCCAAGAGUCUUAACUUUGGAAAACUCUUUAGAAAAGCUUAUGAUUCUAAAUUUCAUGAUAUGUUGAAUUUUGUAGAUAUAUUAUUAAAAGCAUUAUACCAUAAUAAUAUGUAAGCUGCUCAUAUGGCUUUAUUUUUUGCUUAAUUAAGAAUGAACAAGAUCUAAAGAGUUGCUUAAUUAAAGAUUAAUCAAUAAAUGUAUUUAUAAUCAUUAAAUACGCAUUGGUGUAUUGAAUUAGAUUUUCUCUAAUUCUAAGCUAUGAUUAAUGAUAUUAAAGACAUUUGUUAAUAAAAUGAAGUCAAUUAUGUGAUUUUAAUUUUAGCUAUGAAUGGGAGAUUUAAUAAACUAAAAUUAAUAUAAGAUAGAAUGACUAAUCAAAAUUAUAUUAUUCAAGCUUUGCCAAUAGCAGCUCAUCAAAUCAAUACGAUUAGAAAUGCACUCUAUUAUGAAAAUUUAAAUAGAUUAUUAUAAGAAUGUGAUGUUAAGAGACUCUAUCCUGAAGAUAAUCUUGAUUUCUUUAAACCUUCUAAAGAUAAGGAAAAACAAAAACAAGAUCCUAAGAAACCUUUCGAUAAAGCAAAACCAGUUUUUCAAAAGUGGAUAAUGGUUUAAUCAACAUUAGUAUAUAUAUAAAUUAUUAAUAAAGACUACCCAAUUAUAAUUGAUAUAUAAAUAUGCUACCAAUAGUUACUAGAGAAUUAAAUCAGAAUUCUCUAUUCUAUCCAAAUAAUAUUAAUAAUUAUGGUAUUAGGAAUAUUCUUAUAAAUUAAGAAGAUUAUUUCCAAGAUAAAAUUUUAGAUCUGUCUUUUAUUCUUCAAAAUAAAAAGAAUCAGAUUUUGUUAAAACUAUAGAAUUAUUAAUUGAGAAAGUACUCUAAUUAAAAUUGACACCUUCAGAUGAUUUCUUUAAUUAUGUUCAUGUUCAUGAUAAGUUUUCUGAAUUGUUAUCCUAAUCUCCAAAUUAGAAUAUUUGUAUUGUUUAAGCAUUUAAAUCAAUGAUCAAUUUAUUCAAAUAUGAAUAAUCUAAUGAAGUCUUAUCAAGAUGUAUCAAUUUCUUAAAAAAAUACUUAAAUUCUAAAAUAUUUAAAGAUUUAAAUGAACCUGAUACAUUUAAUAGAGAAAGUCAAUUAUUAACAAAUUAUUUAUCAAAAAGUGAUCCAUUAUCAACUUAAUGUAAAUUUGCUUGUGAAGUAUUAAUUCUAAUGGAUUAAAAUUUCACCACUUAAGAAUUCGAAACUCUCAAUAUUAUCUAAUAACCAUAAUAAUUAGCAAGUCUAUUAUUAAAAUACAAAACAUUAGAAAAGAGAACUUUAGGUUUUAUCUAGAAAUACUUAAAUUCUAAUAAUAAUUAAGCAAAAUAAGCUUUACCUUUUAAUGAAUCAAAUAUGAGAUACAUAGUAGAUUUGGCAAAGUAAGGAAUUAAUUUGAUAAAUGAGAAUGCCUUGGAAUUCUUUAUUACAAAAGGGUUGUUCAAUUAUUUAAAGGAUUACUUUUUAAGUUCAUUGAAACCUAAGGGAAUGUUAAAUGAUGAUUAGAAGCAAUUUUAUUUGGGAUUUGCAUUUUCAAGUGGUUCUUAGGAGACAAUCCAAUUGUGUUUAGAAGAUCUUUGCAGUCUUAAAAGUAGUGAAUUGAAGUAAUUUAUGUUGGAAGGAAAUUUAUUGGGUAGAGCAAUUGCAAAAGGAUCUUAAGAGACAUUAUUAUACAUUACUAGAAAGAUAAUGAAAUAAUUGAGUUUUAAUGGCAAAGAGAUUUUAAAGUUAUUGUUAAUAUAAGAUAAUAUAGCUGAGCCAUUUUAAUUAGAUAAAUAAAAGAGAUCUUUAUUCACAACAAUAUUCUUAUUAAAUUAUGAUAUUUUUUAUAAAGAAUUUUUUGUGGAUUAUUUAUAAAAGAUUUUACCAUAAGAUUAUAAAAAUAUCAUGAUAAAAAUAUUAAAUGCUACUGUGUGUAAAUUAGAUGAAAAUAAUAGUUGGACUGUAUUUUAAUUAGCUAUAAAUUGUGGAUUCUUUGAUGUAAUAUAAACAGUGUUGUAAUUAAAUAUAAAUAUAGAUCGAUAAGAUUUGAAAGAUAUUACAAUAAGUAAUUUACCUUAGAAAUGGCUAUUUUAGACUCCAUAAUAAUUGGAGAAUUUAUUAAAAUAAGAACAUUACAAAUAAUUAUAUAAAUAAUCAGCAUUAAGAUUAUAUAGAAUAUGUAAAUAUCAUUUAUGCAGAUAUGAGAAAUUAAAAGAAUUAGAAAUCUGCUUAAAUUUAGCUCCUUUAUAUAAUAAGAUUGGCCUUUCAUUAUAGGAUCCAAUCAUAAAUAUUAUUUUGAAUUAAGAAAUUGAUCCAGCAAAAUAACCAUUAAUUUAUUUAUUAAAAUUACAUUUAGAUUAAGUAGAUAAAGCUAAUUCAUUCAUUUUAGUGGAAAGUUUUUGUGAUAAACAUCCUUAAAUAACUCAUGAUAAGAUAUAUACUCAAUUAAUCAAAAAUAGAGAGGCUUAUGAAUUAUUAAGAAUCUUCUAUCCAGAAUAAAAUGAACCUGGGAAUGCUAAGUUUGAUUUUGAUUUACCUUAUGCUGAUAAUUUUGUAAAGGAAUAUUUGUUAUUAUAAGAUCCAAAUUAAUUUCAAAGGUUUAUUACUACAAAUUAAUAAUUAGUAUUUUCAUUAAGAGUAUUGUAUGAUAAAAAUGAUGAUUUAGAUAAAUUCUAUAAUUCUUUGAUUGAACCAUAACAUAUAAUUAUUUGUGGUUUACUAUUAUUAAUUUUGAAUCCCCAUAAACAUACAGAAGUUGUUCAUAGUAAAUUUAAAUAAGCAUUUGAAUUAAGAGAUGAUCCAUCUGCCUCUCAGGUGACUAAUAUAUUCAAAGGCAUAUUGAAAUACUUUGAAACAAUAGAAAGAACAUUUGUAUUCUUUUAUUCUUUAAUAUAAUCCUUAAUGAAUAAUCAAAUAUAUUAAUAACUUAUCUAAAUUAAACCUGUUGGAGAUAUGAAUAAUUAAAUUAGUUCUGAAAAGUAGUUUUUAGAAGAUAUUAAAGAUGCUCUUAUCUAUAAUACAUUUACACUUUAAGAUAAUGUUUGGAGUUAAAUCUUGGGACAAAGUAUAAAAGUAUCACAUGCACUUCAAUCUGAUAAAUGGUUUCAAGGAGUAAUAUUAUAUUUUAUUUUUAGUUAUGUUUAAUUAAAUCUUUAUUACAUGUAUGUUAUUAAGCAGAAGCCAUUAUACAUGAAAUCUAAACAUUAAGCAAAUUAGAUGAUUAUGUUUCAAGUGACUUUUGGGGUAUUUAAUCUGCAAAUAUUGAAAUCAGAGUAGAAUUAUAUCCAGCUGAUUAAGUUGCUUAACACAAAGUUGUUGUAUUCAAACAAUCUGAAAAUAAUACUUGGAAAAUUAAAUAUCCUUUGGGAAUGGUUAAAGGUAAUAAUUUAUUUUAAUAAUUAUUAGAUACAUAAUUCAUAUAUCCAUCCAUAUUAUCCUCAUAGAAAGGAACUGAACAUGCAAAAAAUAAUAUUAUUUAAUAAGUUUACGAAUAAAUUAAAUAUGAUAUACUACCAAAAAGUGAAAAUUUCACUUUUGAAGGAUAUUCUCAUGAGAAUAUUUAACAAUUAAUCAAAAAAACUCAUAAAAAUCUUUUCUUAGCAGUUAAUUACUAGAUAUUUUAAGGAGAUUCAAUUUAGUAUAAUGGAAAAUAAUUAACAUCAAAUUAUUUAACAAAAAGAAAAAAUAAAAAAGAAUUUAUUAUGAUUCCAAUUACUAAUCAAAUUAUAAUUUAAAUUGUUUCCAAAGAUGAAUUUAUAAGAAGAGAAAAGUAUUCCUUUUUGUUUAAUUAAAUUAUUGAAGAUUCAUCAACUAAAUAUUGGACAUAUCUAAUAGAUAAAGAAUACAUUUAAUCAAUUAAAGAUGAUUAUAUUAUAAUGGAUUUAUAUGAAAUGACUAAAAAUAGAUUAGGAUAUCAUAUUUAAUUUUAAUCUUUUGUUGAAUGUUACUUUAACAAAUUAGCUAAUGGUCUUGAAAAAGCCACUAAAAAAUGUAUUUAUAAAAUUAUAUAUUUUAAGCUAUCUCACCUAAAAUGUGUGUUGAUAUAGGUCUUUAAUGGGAUAUGUUAACCAAAGUGAUUAAACAUAUAGCUUCAUAUAUAAAAUUUACAGAGAAUAUUUGUUUUGAAAUGGCUGAAAUUGAUCAAAGAAAAGUAAUAAUUUUUAAACAUUAAUUUUUAGUCAAUUAAUAUAAAAUUAGAAGGUUUUGACUCUAUCUUUAGAUUUGGUUAAGCUGAACUUUCAGUAUCUAAUAACAUUUUAGUCAUUAAAUUAAAUAUUGCAAUGAUGAGUAAUGGGAACUUUUAACAAUUAUUAUAAACAUAAAAUAGAUCUAAAUUAAAUAAUAAUGAAAUCAAAGAAUCAAUAGAUAUUUAAGUAUUUAUUUAAUAUAUCUUAAUUAGUAAUAUUUAUUGUCUAUUUUUAAUGAAUAAUAAUUGUCAUAAUUAUGA